AUGAAGUUGGAAAAAAGAGUAGGAGGAGCAUCAGCAGCAUUACAGAAUGCAGCAAAUACAUCUCCUGCAAGCAGAGGAGAAGAAAGGAGAAAACUUUGGAGAAGGGAAGGAGGAAAUAAAGUAACUGAGAGAAGAACAUACUGUUGGAGAAAGAAAAGAUAUAAACGGCCAAUCAAGUGCUUCAAGCAUUACAAAAGCAAGAUGUCACGACCACCAGGAAGAAAGCAAGACAAUCACAAAAUAAGCAGAGAACUUUUUGUGCUCACUUAUGGUGCUUUGGUAGCACAGCUGUGUAAGGACUAUGAAAAAGAUGAAGAUGUCAACACCUGUUUAGACAGAAUGGGGUAUGACAUUGGCAUAAGGCUGAUUGAAGAUUUUUUAGCUCGUUCAGCUGUGAAAAAAUGCCGCAGUUAUUCUGAAACUGCAGACAUGAUUGCACAGGUUGCUUUCAAGAUGUACCUUGGGGUCACCCCCAGGGUGAGCUGCAGCAGUGCCGCGGGAAAUGAGUUCUCUUUAAUCCUGGAUAAGAACCCAUUAGUGGACUUUGUGGAGGAGCUCCCUGCAGAGCGAGCAUCACUUUGCUACUGUAACCUCCUCUGUGGGGUGAUUCGAGGUGCCUUGGAGAUGGUCCAGUUAGCAGCAGAAGUUACCUUCCUCCAAGACAAGCUGAAGGGUGAUGCUGUGACAGAAAUUGGAAUUACAUUUUUAAAGAAGACUGAAGACAAAAAGCACAAAAGAAAUAACUGAAAGAAAUAUCAAGAGGAAUUCUUGCCAAGGGAUAUUUAGCUCUUUUUGUUUCUGAAGAAGUUACACAGGGUAAAAACGAAUCAGCUGCAAUCAUUCAUAAAUUUGAAAGGGGAAGAGAGUCAGAAAGCAAACACAAAGUAGAGGGGAAAAAUCUUCAUUAUCAUGAUACAGACAUCACUAUGAAAGAUCAAAAUGGCCUCAUCCUUUUACUUCCUUCUCACAUAACCAUGAUCUUGAUCUCAAUAGCAGUUUUACCUCAGUCUUGUGUGCAUGCUGGAUCCAAAAUAUCCAUUCAGAGGCCCACUUUUUUUUUUUUUUUUUUUUUU